UCAAUAACUUGAAUUUGUCGUGUUCAUUGUCAGAGUAUGUUGCAUGGUAGUAGUGGGAAAAACGGUGGCGAUAGCAGCUACCAGCAAAACAGUUUAGAAGACUUAUCACGUCCUGGCCCGUAUUUCGACAAGUCGGCCUCCAAGAACGUGACGGCGCUUCUAGGAAAGACGACGUACCUCAAUUGUCGUGUAAAAAACUUGGGCAACAAAACGAUGACGCUCCAAGUUUCAUGGAUCCGGCACAGGGACAUUCACUUAUUGACGAUCGGUCAGUACACAUACACGAACGAUCAGAGAUUUCGUGCGAUUCACAAAGCUCAAUCGGAGGAUUGGACGCUCCAAAUAAAAUAUCCGCAGCAUCGAGAUAGCGGUAUUUAUGAGUGCCAGGUCUCGACAACUCCGCACAUGAGCCAUUUCGUGCAUUUGAACGUGAUCGAACCCAAAACUGAGAUUCUCGGUGCACCGGAUCUUUACAUCGAUAGAGGCAGUACAAUCAACCUCACAUGUAUUAUAUUACAAAGUCCAGAACCCCCAGCUUAUAUAUUCUGGAAUCACAACAACGCUAUAAUUAGCUACGAUUCGACCAGAGGUGGUGUGUCCGUGGUCACGGAAAAGGGUGACAGUACGACGAGUUUCCUUCUCGUCCAGGAAGCCAAACCAUCUGACUCUGGACGUUAUACGUGUAAUCCUAGCAAUGCUCAGCCAAAGUCGAUUACCGUUCACGUACUCAAUGGAGAGUAUCCCGCGGCAAUGCAGCAUGGCGGUCAAGCGAAACAACCAAGACUCUACUCGCUGCUACUUUGUCUGUGCCUGCUUCUUUAUUAAAAAAAAGAAAGACAAGAAAUAAAGAGAAAGAAGAGGAUUCCUUUUCUCUUCGUCUUUCUCUU